AUUUUCUCCCCAUCAACUAUGUCGUACGUCUUGUAAACCGAAGAAUAUGUCAUUUCUCACUCUUCGCUCGUGCGAAUAAGAAAAAUAUAAAGGGCAUAAAAAUUCUCGCUACAUGCCCACCACUAGUCACUUGCUCUCGUCGGCUUUGCAAAUCGGCAGUUAAGGUUAGUACUUCUGUCACGUGUGUAUCUUCUGCACACCCGACCAAUGGGGCGCUUCGGUUAGCUUUCGCUACCAUGAAAAUCCGGCAUUCGUAGGCUCGCGAGAGACCCCGUGCAUUAGUAUGCGUGUCCGUGCAUUAGCCAAGUGCACUACCGUGCAAGUUUUUUUCCCUCUUCCUCGUCCGCUUGAUUCGCGAGAUCCCCGAAACGAGGAAGAAACGGAGUAAAUAAAUAUCGAGGAGCGCGGGUUCUUGGUUGAUCUCCUGGAUGAGCGACCGCGCGAAUAAAGAGGAAGAAUGAAGCAGCGCUUUAGUUAAACGAAACAUAACUCCUUGACGCGCAUAAAUAUUAUAUAUGUGUCUACUGGGGGAGCGCGCGUGUAUUGGUGCGCCUCUACGUGCAUUAAUAAUUAAUAUGUGUGAGCGCGUAGCGACACACAUGCAAUACGCACACACACGGGAAAAGGGAGAGACGUGUUAACACGCGGCGUUUUCUCCCCGCGCCGCCAAGAGCGAUACUACUUAGCCCUGCGGAUGUGUCGGAUAAUCGGGGAUUUUCCAGGUUAAGUUUCGGAUCAGCGGCGCGACAUUCUAGGCGCUCGAUUACCGCGUGAUUAAAACGCCUCCCGAGUGCUCGGCGUUCGCGCGGCUUCGGCUGCCCACAGCAAGGCGAAGGAUCGUCUUCGCGCUCGGCACAAUUUUUCACAUUCCGGAUAAACAAAAUGCAUGUACACCGUCGUAGUACCGAUUGAUCAGCGCUCGCCGUGACCAGUUAAGUGUCGCCGCUCAUCAUUAUCAUCUGCACUUAAAAUUCUCUCGGCGUCGCUGAUCGCUUCAUGUCGCAGCAGUGCGUACGGGGCACAACGGCGCGGCCUAUUCUGUCGUCUUUUUUGUAACGCCGCGUUGUGCUCUCGAUUUGUCACCUCGCGAAGGUUAUCCUUCGUAUUCAUCGACUUUUAUAGUUUGCCGAUUUAUCCGCGGGGUAAGGACGCGUUUUCAGUGGCGAAGUUGUGCAUCGAAAGAUGUGAUCUAUUCGAAGGAAGCUGUGCUUGUGCGCCUUUUCGGAAAGUCGUCAUCGAGGAUAGGAGAAAAGCAACGCGAGACUCGUCGGAUAAACUGUAAUCAUGGAACAGCAUGAAGAGGUUUAUGAACAAGUCAUUGAGGUCAAUAAUACAAAUGAAGGAAGUAAAUUUAUAUCUCAGAAUUUGGUUCAAGAUAUUGUUGUCCAAAAUGAUAACAACCAACAGUCUAAUGUCAAUUGUGAAACGCCUGGCUUAGAAAUAAUGUUACCAAAUGAUUGCAUUAAUGUACAAGAUCAAUGUAAUAGCAAUGUUGUGAUAUCAUGUAAUGAAGAUGGAAUUGGAAAUGAAAAACAAACAGAAAAUGUAAUAUUUAAGGAAGAAUCUAAUAAAGAUGAAAGUAUUUCACAAAUUAAUAAUGUAGAAGACGUUUCUAGUUACAACGAUAGUCAUAAAGAGGAUAAAAUAGAAUUUAUUGUACAUGAUCAAACGCCAUAUCAAGAAAACUUUGAAGCAAACAAUUCAGUUGAUUUGGUGACAAAUAAAGAAAAUAUUUCCGAAAUAAUUACAAACAUAAGUGAAUCAGUUCCUGUUAUGAUUGAGAAUGAUCCUGUUCCUGCUUCAAUUCAUCAUGAAUCCAUCAAUAAUCACGAUGAUUCUCUAGCUAAUAGCGAAAAGGCAGAAAGCGCAAAUGAAAUUAUAGAUAAGAAUGUACAAGAAUCUGACCAAGAAUUACAAAAUGUCUCUACUAAUGAUACGGGAGCAGAAUCCUUUGUUAGUACUAUUGAGUCAGAAAAGAUUGAAUCUACCGAUGUAGAAUCUACUUCCGUUGUUAAUGAAGUCACCAAUGAUAAUGCAGUUAUCCCUACUAAGGAAGAUCUUGAAACUGAGCUAGCAAAUCAUUGUCAAAAGGAAGAAGAGAAAGAAGGUAGUAGUGCAUGUAUCAGUAAUAUAAAUAUUAAUUUACCAAACGAAGAAAGAGAUUCUGAAAUUUUACAUGUAUCACUGGAAAAAGUUAAGGAUUCAGAAGUGGUAACCGAAACCAUAAACGAUACCAAAAUCGUUGCAAAUUCGGACGAUGUCGCAAUUCUAACAGAAUUUAAUUCUGUCGAACAUAAUGCACCGAUAGAAAUUCCAGAUGAGGAAGAACGGCAAAAUUGCACGAAAUCCAUUGCAAUUGACGAUAAAUGCGAAGCUAAAGAAGAAGUCAAAGUCGAGACGAAAGAAGAAAACCAAUUGACCAAAGGAAAGGGAGAUGAAACCGGCAUGGAAUUGAAAGUUAACGAACAAGUCAAAGAAGUCAAGUGUAGCGAAGCAUCGGAGUGUCAGCUUGUAAAUGAGAAUGUAGAAGAGGAGGAAGAGGACGAAGAGGAGCUGGACUUGCACCUAUCGACACAGUCAACGGAAAAUCACAGUAAGGUUAUACAAGAUAUCUUUGAUGAUUGGCAAGAUGAGAAUGGCGAAGAUGAUAAUAACCAAUCAUCCACUAUAUUCAAAGACAACCACGAUUCCGUGGAGAUGGAGCUGCAAAGUCUGUUGGAUGAUGGAGCGCAACAGGAACAGACCAUCUGCAGCAGUAAUUCCACAGAGCAUUCGAUCAAUAGUAACGAGAAUUGUAAGAAUGCAGAGCAGAGUAGUGACGCUGUAGUUGGUAAAGCGAAAGCUUUAAGAUCUGAGAAGGCAUCGCCGCUUAGUAAAAACUCGGACUCGAAAGCACUGAGCAAUAAGUCACAAAAAUCAGUAACAAAUUACAUUCCACUCAAGGACCACUUUCUAGGUCGAUCACCCAAGAACUCAAAUCAGGAUCAGUCGGAUUUGAAGCAGAAAGUUCAGUCUCCCAGACCUGGUGUAAAGGUCCCAGGUCUUCAUUUGACCAGUCAAAUUGCAUCGACGGCUGAAGUGAAUGAGGUCCUGAAGGAGCGAUUGCGCGAAAAGCAGAAGGACCUCGUGGUACCAAAAACAGCGGAUAUUGUAUUCGUGAAGAAAAUCACCCAGCGACUCUCCAGUCAAUUAUCGGCGGCUUCGGGGUGCAACGUUCCACCGCUUAUACCUUUGCAAUCCGUACUGGGGGACAACGAGAACGACAAGGAUAAGAGUAUCGAGGAAGCGUUGACAGAAUCAAGUAAAACAGUACCUGUGGUGGCGAUGGCAUCAACAGAUAACAAGGAGUUACUAGCCAUCCUCGAGGGCGACGUCGAUCCCGACUGGUCGAACUUGAAGCCACAAACGAUGACGGAAGACGGAAGCAAUAGAGUGACGAGUUCCGGAGAUUUUCAUAAUACGGGUUCAAAGCUAGACCCUAUCGUAGAGCGUGAAUUGGCUUUAAAACAAUUACUCGAAUUGCCGAACAUAUCUCCGAAGAAAAAUAAUUCGGGCAUGCCGAAGAAGACUAAGAAAGCGACGAAAUCUUCAUCGAAUAGAGACUCGAGCAAUCAGCUGGAGUUAAGACUUGCCAACAACUCGAAAACGGAAAUAAUAAAUCUAGACUCGACGGAAGAAGACUCACCCAAGAAGGAUAAUAAAGCGACGAAAGCGUUAAAGGAGAACAACAAUCAAAAUACACGAAGUAGUGCCGCAUCUGUUAUCGAGUUGAGCGUGGAGGAGUCUAGGUCCGGCAGGAAGCGAAAGCUUACGGAGAAGGCGCGGGAACAUGAACUCAACGUUAAGCGACAAAAGGUUUACAAGGGCAAACUCGUGCCGGACGGCAAAAGGUCCUCCCAGGAGUCGGAGGACAGCGGUAAGUCGAAGACCGAGAGCGGCAAUACCAGCAGCAGUGGUAGCAACAGCCCCGUGCCGAGGACCGAGGUCGAGUCGAGUGUGCCCGAAGUACCGAAACCCGGCCAAAGCAAGCCCGAGGCCAGGACGAGGCUUGGCUCGGAGACGAAGCAAGGGAGGUUCGAGUCGAGACAGCAGUCAGCAGCCGCGAGGGCGGCCGUCGUCAAGAGCAAGAUGGCCCACGUUAAGCGAUCAAAAAUUGGCCUUCUCAAGAAGGACACGCCCAUAUCCAAGAGGAAGCUCGCCGUCAAGAAUUUCCUUAGACAGAAGUCGAGCGGCAAGAAGCCACUAGCUGCUGCAAAAACGAAGCUACAGCUGGCAGCGGCAACGAAAAGUGCAUCGCAGAAUAAAACUGUGGUGGAAAAAUUAGUUACUGCAGCGCCGGUAACCAAAACGAAGAAGAUAGUGACCGAGAUCGAUAGGUUGCUGCAGGACGAAGGUGUCGUUAAUUUGCUAUACGACGUAGAGCAGCCGGAUUCAAGGAAGAGGCUGAUACCAAUUACAAAAUCACAAAAGAAGGUGAUGGACGUGGAAAAGGCUGAGAGGGAAUUGAUGCUCAGAACGAAAUUGGUGAGGAAUGCGGUUCUGAGGCUGAGGAAUUCCAGCGCGACAAAUCUAAAGAUCUCGCCUCGAUCGAGAAGAAAUGUUGCCGCUGCACCGUCGCCCACCGAUCCUCCGCCACCAGCUGCCGAAAAGAAAUCGAGCGAACCAAUCAGGUUGCAAAAAUCGUCGGCGACACCGGCUGUGAAUGCAGAUUUCAUAAUCCCCGCAAAGAUACGAAAUGCGGCGGACGCAUCGCGAAUAAUUCGCCGACACUCCUCGAGCUCGUUCUCGAGUGCCUCGGCGAGUCCUAGAGUUAGUAUAGAUUUGCCGUCGGAGCAGGCAAAGACGGAAGAAGCAGAAAUCCAAAUUAAGACGAAGAGGAAAACUCCGCAAGAACUGAAUGACAAACUGGACGCGAAGAAGACUAAAAAAAAAGUAAACACCGAAAAGCCUGCAGUGAAGAAAGAGCCAGUUAAAAAGGUGACGACAAGGUCGAACGUCGUUGCACUCGUAACGACACCGCCAGCGGUGAUCGCCAAGGCAGUUCAAAAAAAUAAGAAAGUGCCAAAAAUUAAAGCAUCGUCGGAUACGUCGCUGAACGAAGCCAAAACACCACCCAAGAGUCAGGAUGAGCUGUCGGCGUGUCUGGCUGAGGCUGCGUCGGCUCUUUUGUCCAGCAUCAAUAACACAUCGCGGUCAACUAACACAUCGACUAAUCGCAAAAAAGGAAGUACAAAUAAUGCAAAAUCACAGGCAGCUGACGACGAGAAAGUAGAUAUCAAAAAAUUAUUUAGUAAUAAGGAAAUAAAUGUAAGGCAGCAAGGGAAUCUUGUACAAUUAAUAUUGACGCCAUCAACACCAGUAUCGGGAAUAAGAAAUGCCAUAACAAUUCAAGUUAUGAAUGAAAUCCGAGAAGCACUGUCAAUUUUAAAAACAGAUGACGAUUGUAGAGUUGUUUUGUUUACCUCGACAGGUACGAGCUUCUGUGAAGGUUUAGAACUUUCUUUUCUCCUACAUUCAAACAAAGAAGAGCGGAAAAUCCGAGCUGAAGAAAUGUCUAAUACUGUCAAGGAGUUCAUCAAAGCUUUAGCGACAUUUAAUAAGCCGAUCGUGGCUGGGGUACAAGGGGCAGCCGUUGGACUUGGCGUGACAAUGCUGCCUUUAUUUGAUCUUGUGAUAGCUAGUGAUAAGGCAACAUUUGCCACUCCCUAUGGAAAACUUGGUCAAAUAUCCGAGGGAGCUGCAGUUUUAACGUUAUCGCAUUGUCUUGGUAAUGCAGUUACGAACGAGUUAUUAUUAGGCGGCAGAACAUUAACUGCUAGUGAAGCAUUGAGAGCGGGACUUGUUACAAGAGUCUUGUGGCCAGAUAGGUUUCAGGUUGAACUUUUACCUUCUGUGAAGACUAUGAGCGAACAAUCUUCACAGUCAAUGGUAGCGACGAAAGCUUUACUUCGUCAUGGCCUUCGUGAAAAGCUGGAUGUCGCGCUAGAAUCGGAAAGUCUUUUGCUUAUUCAGCAUUGGUGUACACUGGAAUGUCAAGAAGCCAUUAAAGCCUAUAUCGAUGAGAAGGGUCAGUGAACGUAAAAUAUGGGUGAUAAAAUAAGUUGUCAUGAACGCAAAACUAAAUUUUCAUUCUCAAUGCGAACGAAAUGUAAAAGUUAUUUGACAGUGUUGUACAGAAUGAUUCAGUGGGUAACAGUGUGCGUUACCAAAUACAAGUAUAGUUGUGUAAAGCAAGAUGAUGUUUAAAAAAAAAAAAAAAAAAAAAAAAAAAAAAAAAAAACUGAUU